GUGCUUCUAGUUGUGCUGCGAUUUGUUGCUAUGAAGAAGGCAGCUUGCUUCCAGCUCUACCGACUAACCGAGAGUCUGCUCGACAUCCUCCUUCCAUUAACGAUACUCUUUGCUGCGCUGAUCAUCUCUCUGUCUGGACUCCACAGUGAUACCAACAACGUGGGUUCACGCGAGGUAUCCCCAACCCUAUUUGUCACGUAGAUGCCCAUUCGGUGGGCUGGUCGCCCAGU